AUGGAUCAUAUCACACCCCAAGAGGAAACUUUGUCGUUCACUAGCGAGGAAAUAGUAACUGCAGCUCCUGCCGCUGGGCAUCUGUCGUCAUCAUCUUUACAUCCCGUGUGUCAAACUCCUUACUUGUUGCUUACAAGUUGUGACGAUGAGAAAAUACGUUUUUGGAGAUGUACUCAAUCCAUACAAGGUCCGUAUUCCAAACAGAAAUACGAAUGGGCAGAAUGGAAUAUGAUUAACGAUAAUCGUCCAAGAACCAUAUUUGCUGUUGCUGCGGCCCGUAGCGGUCGAAUAGCUUGCGCAUAUGACCCCGCGAGAGGAUGCCUUGAAACGUGGAACACCUCUGUUGUGGAAAUAGGCGUCUUCGAAUGUGAGUCAUCCGGUGGUGCUGAGUGGUUGCGUGAAGACACGUUUGCCGUUGAGCAUCUCCACACUCCAAAUACAUAUUUGUUAGUUCAUGUUGAGAUGUGA